UCAGAAGACAACGACAAGAAAAAAGUUGAGCAGCGACCAGGCGACACGACAUGGCAGAACAGAGACACGCAGAAGUACAAGCAGCGGCCCUUCCUACAAGAGAUUCUGCACUCGCCUAUAUCGAUCAGGCAGCCGAAGCACCCACACAAACAGAUCCUGCGCUCAAUGAUGAAGAGUACAACACAGACGACUACCUCCUCGAUGCAGGCGCUACUUCAGACAGCGAUGACGAGGGUGCGUAUGACGAUGACCUGAACGCAGGCUGGGAUGGUCAUCGCGGGGACUUUACAAAAGCAUAUAACCGACAAAAGCAGAUUGUCCAAGCAACAGGCGCUUCUGCAUCCUCAACGCGCACAACGGCACCCUUACCUCGCUUCAAUCCGAGUGCGCAGCGGGCGCUUGUUGCUGAAAAGGCAGCAGCAGAGGGAAAUGCUGCUAUGCUUGCAAAGCUGGCUGGCCGAUUGAAUCUCAAUACAUCCUCAGAGAAGACAACUUCAAGCAAUAAAGACAAAAGCGAUCGCGCCACGUCUGAACAAGUACUGGAUCCCCGUACGCGCAUCAUCCUGCUCAAGCUCAUCAACAAUGGUGCGAUGCAUGCCAUUUCAGGUUGUAUUUCUACAGGCAAAGAAGCCAAUGUCUAUCAUGCAACGACAGAAGAUGGCCGCAAUCUCGCCGUCAAGAUUUAUAAAACCUCCAUUCUUGUUUUCAAGGACAGAGACAAGUAUGUGUCUGGUGAGUUUCGCUUUCGUCAAGGGUAUGCAAAGUCAAAUCCGCGCAAGAUGGUCAAGUUGUGGGCGGAGAAGGAGAUGCGAAACUUGAAGCGAUUGUACCAAGCUGGUAUUCCUUGUCCUGAACCCAUGACGCUGCGGUCCCACGUCCUCGUCAUGUCCUUCCUUGGUUCUCGCGAUGGUUGGGCAUCCCCAAAACUCAAAGAUGCAGAGCUAUCAGCCGACAAGGUGGAAGUCUUGUACUAUCGCCUCCUUGCAUUCAUCCGCAAACUAUGGCAAGUCUGUCAUCUUGUGCAUGGUGAUUUGUCAGAAUACAAUAUUCUCUACCACAAGGGCGAUCUCUGCAUCAUUGAUGUAUCACAAUCCGUCGAGCAUGAACACCCGCGGUCUCUUGAAUUCUUGCGCAUGGAUAUCACGAAUUGCACAGACUUCUUCAAACGUUCUGGCGUUGAAGUGCGCAGCGAGCGUGCAGUCUUUGAGUAUGUGACAAAGGACGGCGACGAAGCAUCCUGCAAUGAUAUGGAAAUGAUGGUCGCAGAUGCAAAGCGGUUGCCACAAGCAGCAGCGGAGGAGUCUGUCGAGGAUUCCGUCUUUCGUCAAGCAUACAUUCCUCAAAACCUGGACCAAGUGUAUGACUUUGAGCGUGAUGGAGCACUCGUGGAACAAGGUGAAGGACAAGAUUUGAUUUACAAGAAGCUCAUCAAGUUGCCGGAUGCCAAAUCUGCACGCAUGGUGGAUCUCAUGGCGGAUGUCGACGAAGGCGACAACGAUGCACCCAUCUCUUCUGAUGAUUCUGAUACUGCGAAUUCACAAGGCGCCUCACAGGAUGAUUCUUCGGACGGCGAAUACAGCGACAUGGAAAACAUUCCACCUGCUCGUCUCAAGCGUUUCCAGGACAAGGACGAAAAGAAGGAUCACAAGGCACAAGUCAAGGCGGACAAGGCAGAGAAGCGUGCUGCCAAGAUGCCAAAGCACCUGAAAAAGUCAAAAAUAAAAAAGAGCCAGGGCAAGAAGCAUUAGCAUAUAGCGUCAUUGCAUAUCAAUUGUUUUACAUGAGGACGCCCUUUGUGCUGGGGACAUCGUCUUUACCCGUGAAGCUAGUGGCAUCCUUCAAGGCCAAUGCCAGCGAUUUGAAGGCUGACUCUGCACGAUGGUG